AUGGAGAAAUUUUCACUUGGUCAUACUUUUUACUGACAACUGCUUUCACUCAAAUUAUUGCUAUGACUCCUUUUUAUCAAAUUAAGCUACUCUAUUGAAAUUAUUUUGGCCCGAGAUAAUUCUUCUAAGAAUGCCCUUAAAGAAGAGAUUAUGAUAGAAAUUUAUCAAUCUUUCAAAUCAAUAGAAUGGCAUGAAUGCAAUAUAUCUUCUCUAAGAACUUGCAUUUUAGAAUAUGCAAGCAGCUCACUGGUAUUAGAUCUCUCUGAGGAGAUUGGAGUUCAGAUUUCUAUUUCUGAAAUUUGUAAAGAGCAUUCAAUGCUUCAUUUAGUCUAUCAAGAUAAGCUUUUUUAUCAAGCAAAAUGAACCUAUUCUAUUAUUCCUUCUGAAUCAGAGCUGCUAAAUGCCUUUUUAGCAAUUUUAAAGCAUUUUAAUUGGUCACAAGGAAUUUUCCUUAGUAAUAUAUUAAAAUCAAACUGAAAAGAAACAAUUUUGCAGUAUUAUGAGAAUAUAGAAUUUAUGAUAAUUGAAUCAGAGACGAACAUUGAAGAAUUUGUAAAUAAAGUGAUUUUUCCAUCAGGUUCAACUUUCUACUUCCUUUUUACUGAAUCUUUUCAAUCAGCUGAAAUUCAAAAUUCGCUGAAAAAUAAAAAGCUAUUAGGAAGUGGAAAUGGAAUCUUGCUUGAUCAAGAGAGUGGCUAUAACUGCAGCUAUAAUGGCUCUUUAAUAAUAACAGAAAUUGGCAAGGAAUAUACCCUUUCAGCCGAAGACAGUUUUAAACACUCUAUAAUACAAAUUAUUGAACUUCUAGCAAGAAAUGAAUCUGGAGACCUGAAAAAGUUAUUGGAUUCAAUAAUUGAAAAUCGUUGCCACUUUUCACUAGUGAAUAUUCAAAAUGGCAAAAGGGUAAUAGUUGGAGAAAUCAUGAAUGAUAGCGUCACAGUAUUUAGAGACUUGGAAUUCCCAGGGUUACAGAGUUUAAUACCAAUACCCACUAAAAAGGUUCUUCACUUGAGCAUAAAUGCUGGCACAACAAAUCCUGGCAGUCUUCCAUAUCAGAAUGCAGUGAUAGCAGCCAGAGGUGCUUUUGCCAUUCAGGACAAAAUCAAUGAAGGAAAUGACAUUUUACAACACUUUCAAAUUAAGUUUUUUAAUUUUGAUUGUGGAGUCACAGUGUUCAAUCGAACUUUUGCAAAAGAUUGUUUCAAUAAAGAUAUAUCUCCAUUUAUAUAGAAUAAAAACUUGAAAACUUGGCUCGAUAAAGACCGAUCUUUAAUAUAUUUGCAAGCACUCCCACUAAUCAGCAUGAAAAGCAUAGACCAGAUUGGGCUUUCUCAUAUCUCUGGCUUUACCUCUGAGGUGGCGAUCGGCUCUCUUCAGAUAUUCAAAGAACUUAAUAUAUCAAUCCCGAAUGUUGGAGCUACAAAUACAGAUGACCUGCUAAGUUCCACAUCAAAUUUUCCUAUGUAUUCAAGAGUGCAGAUGUCAAAUUCUUAUAUUUGUUCAAAGUACCCAAUUUUAAUUGCAGGUAUGGGCUGAAAAUCAGCUGGAGUUCUAUAUCAAAAUGAUGCAUGAGGCAAUGCUGCUUUGUCUAGUAUUAUGCAAUAUUCAGAAUACAAAGGACUAAAGCUGGUGAAUCCAGAUAACAGCAGCUUUAUUCCUCCAAAUUUAGAUAGAGCUGGCUUAAGAAAUUACACACAUUUGUUACAGAAAAUUAUUGAUUCUCAAGCCAGACUUUUAAUUUUAAUUGUUCAGACUCCAUUGGGAAACUAUGUUCUUGAGCUAUUAUAUGAUUUAGGUGUAAGAAAAGGGGAUUUAGUUAUUUGUGCAGGGUAUUCUGAUCUUCUAUCGCAAAUUUCGACUAAUGACACCUACUUAUACAAGCGAUUGGAAGUUGGGAUUCCAAUGUUUUCAAUUAUAAGUAAUGCUUGAGCAGGUAAAUUCGGCCAGGAUAUGUUCAAUAGAAUGAUCUCUAUUUAUCAUUCAGAACCCAGUCCUAUACCCUGCUAUUAUGUAGACGCAGCUUAUUUGAUUUCAAAUGCAUUAGAUUAUAUGAUCAAUAGAGGGGAUGAUUACACUGACCCGAGCAAAUUAAUGAAAGCAAUAAGAAGCACGAGAUUUGAUGGCUGCUCUGGAAAAGUAAGUAUAGAGAAAGAUAGUAAUGAUAGAAUUGUUGACUGAUUGAUUAUUCAAGGUGCCAAGACUUCUGAAGACGGAAACGCUCAGGUAUACACAAUUGGCAAUUUCCGACCUUUCAGCUCACAAGUUAUUUCUAUUAUAAAUCCAAUUAUUUAUGGCAAUGGGUCUACAAAGAAGCCAACUGACUUUAGAAAUGAGGAUUCUGGGUGCCCAUUUCCCGCGAAAGAAAUUAGAACUUUUGAGAAAGGAAGGGUUCUUUUAUUUGGAAUUUGCUUUUUUGUUGCUUUAGUAAUGAUUCUCAUCACACUUUAUAUUUGAAAGAAAUGGUGAAAUACUUCGGUUAGUCCUCUCAUCACAAGAGAAGAAAUAUCUAUUGAAGACGCAAUUGUGGGGUGUAGUAUUGCAAUUGAAUUUUUUCAAUAUGCAUCAAUGGGUCCUGACUUUAAAGUUAUCAGUCCCUUUUUAUCAAAAUUAAGUGAUGUAUUUUCUAUGAAAUUAGAAGAUGCUUUAAAACUGAAAAAUGGAGUCUUUUGAUUAGUUGUAGAUGGCGUUUACUCAGGAAUUGGACUCUGAGUUCUUCUUUGUUUGAUUGUGCUUUUGCAGCUUGACGAGAAAUUUCCCUCAAUAUGACUGCUAAAUUUUUUAAGAUGGCUUUCUGACUAUACGAUGCCUAUUUUAGGAAAUCUGUGCUUUAUUCCAUUUAUUUCUAUCUGUCUUGAUAUUUUUCAAUGCGACCAAUCAAUUGGAGACAAUUUCACUGAUAGUUUUCUGGCUAAAGAUUGCUUUUAUUUUUGUUGAAAAGAAGAGCAUUUAAUAUAUUCAGCCUUAUCAGUUUUGGCAUUGCUAUUAUAUGAGCCAUUAGCUAUAUAUUGCCGCCCACUUUGGCAAGAACUGCAACUUAAUUUGCAUGUAAAAACUGUUCCUCUAUUUUUUAUGGCCAAAACAGUGAUCCAAACCUUUGUGAUUGUUCUAGACCAAAGUGUCAAAAGAUCAUCUAAAAUUGUUCAUGGGAUAAUAUUUAUUAUAGUUAUGUCUGCAUAUGCAGUAUUUAUUUUCAAAUUCAAGCCCUACAAUUAUCCAAGAUUUAGUUGAUGACAAGGACUGAGCAUAAUUGGGGUUAUAUGGCUUGCUUUAUUAUCUUUGACUGGCCUAAUAGCUAAUAUCAAGAACAGGGAAAUUAUACUUUUAAUGACUCUAAUUUUUGGUUGAGGUGUUAUUAUAGCGAUUGGGUUGCUUGUUCAAAAGAAAAAGUAUCCUAGCAUGCUUUUUAGGCUAAAGGGGACUGACACUGGGAAUUUAUUCAAGUUUGCAUUUAGUUUUGGCAAAGCUUCCCAGAUUUCAUUAUCAAAAAUUUCUCCAACUCAUAAGCGCUUAGAAGCUAUUAGAUUCCCAUAG